AUGAAAAUGGAUUCUACCAUUCUUCAUUCCCUUGCUUCAAAGUCACCUCCAUCAACCACCCUUCUCUUUCUACAACCUGCAUCCUCACCACCAUCACAACCACCAUGCACCCACCUCUUUUUCCCUCGCCACCUUCCACGGCUGCCCAAACUUCACUGCACCAACAGCAGCAGUGGCAACGACACACCACCACCGCCACCACCACCAGCAGAACCUAUUCAAAUCCGGUUCAAAAGAGGUUCAAGACGGCGCAGACAGCUCCAAGAAGAUGGGUUUGGUGUACAAGGACAAAACAUGAAAACCAACAAGGCUGCAAUUGAACAACCGGUUCCAAAGAAAUGGGAAGAAAUGAGCAUGACAGAGAAGGCAUUAGACUUGUACGUUGGGGAAAAGGGUUUGCUGUUUUGGCUCAAUAAGUUUGCUUAUGCUUCCAUUUUUAUUGUUAUUGGUGCUUGGAUACUUUUCCGGUUUGUUGGACCGGCACUUAAUCUUUAUCAACUUGAUUCUUCUCCUUUGGCUCCUACCUCCAUGUUUAAGGGCUCUUGAAAUGAUACCAUAGUGCUUUGUCUUUGUAUUGGUUUUUUUUGUAGCAUCUUGUUUAGGGAAAUGGAACAAUAAUGAAACAUAUUUUACUAAUUGUCUAUAUAA